AAAAAUAGAAAUGUAAUUUCAGCCGCAGAAAGACGAAGAAGAGAGAGAGUUGCAGAGGGAGGUUGGUGGCGGAGGAGAACGAGAACCAGAGGCGGUACCGGUAUCGGAAUCCGAAGAAGAAGAAGAAGAACCCUAACCUCUCUCCCUCUCUUUCUCUCUUUCGCUAUCUCUGUUUUUGUGAUUGAAAAUGAACGGUCUAACGAGAAGGAACAGUGGCAACCAGAAGCGCCCUCCUGCGAUGUCCAAAAAAUUCGAAAAUGGAUAUUCCAGCGAACCUUCCAGCAAUCCUUCUUCUCCGCCUCCCGCUGAGUCUGAUGGGGGAGAAAGGACAGUGAAGAAGCUUCGGUUGUCCAAAGCCCUUACUAUAUCCGACGCCACGACGGUUUCUGAAGCGUGUCGAAGAAUGGCAGCGCGACGUGUUGAUGCUGUUUUGUUGACUGAUUCUAAUGCUUUACUCUCUGGAAUUAUGACUGACAAGGACAUUGCUUGUAGAGUCAUAGCUGAGGGUUUACGGCCGGAUCAGACAAUAGUGUCCAAAGUAAUGACUCGGAAUCCUAUAUUUGUUGCAUCAGAUACGCGAGCCAUUGAAGCCCUUCAGAAGAUGGUCCAAGGUAAAUUCAGACACCUCCCUGUUGUGGAAAAUGGUGAAGUAAUUGCCAUACUAGAUAUUACCAAAUGUCUCUAUGAUGCCAUAACUAGGAUGGAGAAGGCUGCUGAGCAGGGAAGUGCCAUUGCUGCGGCAGUUGAAGGGGCGGAACGCCAGCGGGGUAGCAAUGCAUCUGCUCCAAAUGCCUUGAUAGAAACCUUGAGAGAGCGCAUGUUCAAGCCUUCCCUGUCAACUAUAAUUGGUGACAAUACAAAGGCUGCUAUUGCAUCAGCAGCAGAUCCUGUCUAUGUAGCUGCCAAAAAGAUGCAGGAGUUGCGUGUUAAUUCAGCUGUUAUUGUGUCCCUGUCAGGAACCAAGAUUCAGGGGAUACUCACCUCAAAGGACAUACUUAUGCGUGUUGUGGCUCAAAAUCUUUCUCCUGAAUUGACUCUAGUGGAAAAGGUAAUGACUCCAAAUCCAGAAUGUGCAACAUUGGACACAACAAUACUUGAUGCACUGCAUAUGAUGCAUGAUGGAAAGUUCUUACAUCUUCCAGUGGUAGACAGAGAUGGAUAUGUUGCUGCUUGUGUGGAUGUUUUGCAGAUAACUCAUGCUGCAAUUUCCAUGGUUGAGAGUAGCUCUGGAGCUGUUAAUGAUAUGGCAAAUACAAUUAUGCAAAAAUUUUGGGACUCAGCUUUUGCUCUAGAGCCACCAGAAGAUUCUGAUACGCAUAGUGAAGUUUCUGGGCUGAUGACAUCAGAUGGGGCAGAUACAACAAGGUCUGCCAGUUUUGGAAAUUCAUUUGCCUUCAAAUUUGAGGAUCCCAAUGGUCGCGUGCACCGGUUCAACUGUGGUACUGAAAAUCUAGACGAGCUAGUAUCUAAUGUCAUGCAGAGAGUUAAUUUAGAAAACGGAGAACGCCCUAUUAUUUUGUACGAGGAUGAUGAAGGUGAUAAAAUUGUUCUUGCAACUGAUAAUGAUCUUGUUACAGCUGUCAACUAUACUAGAUCUGCAGGGGUGAAGUCUUUAAAGUUGUAUUUGGAGUUUGGCAAUUCAACCAAGCCAACACCAACACCACUGCAAUCUGCUACGGCCAAUAGACAGAAAACUAGUGUUGUGUCUCUCCGCUCUGGUAUUUUUGCAAGUGCUAUUGUUAUAACAAGCAUCGGUAUAUUAGUCUACUUAAAGCGCUCCAAACAGUAAUGUGUUGGCAGUUUGGAAAAAGAGGCAAUAAUUUCUCUGUAUGAGUUCCAGAGCUCUAUUGCCCUUCAAAUGCUAAUUUAUUGCAACGAAGGAAAUAUGGAUGCUGAAAUAGGUGAAUGAUGGGAAGGUUCUCUCAUCUUGACCCUACAAGCGAAGGUGAUUAGUUAAGAUGACUACUUAUAUUUUUUUACAUCAGAUGUAAUUGUAAUCAGUGAUCCCUUCUCCUUCUAGGUGAGAAUAUGUAUAGGUAAUGUCUUGGCAUACUAUAUUCAGAAAUAUUACGAGGUUCUGCAUUUUUUGCUUCAGCUCAGGCAAUUUUGCUCCCACAUUUCCUGAUUUACCUUCAUGUAUGCACGUUGCACGGUCUGUUUGCAGACUACGGGAGGAGGAUUUUCUUCCUGGGUUGAAUUCAUUUUUACCCUAUCAAUGUGACACUAUUCAUCCAA